AAGAACAGCAGUCGGCAGCAGUUCUACAUCGAUUUUCGGCUCAUUGGGUGGAAUGACUGGAUCAUCGCUCCGUCGGGGUACUUUGGGAACUACUGCCCGGCGUACAUGGCGGGGGUCCCAGGGUCCGCCUCGUCCUUCCACACGGCGGUGGUGAACCAGUACCGCAUGAGAGGGAUGAGUCCGGGCUCCAUGAACUCGUGCUGCAUCCCGACCAAGCUCAGCACCAUGUCGAUGCUCUACUUCGACGACGAGUACAACAUCGUGAAGCGGGACGUUCCUAACAUGAUCGUGGAGGAGUGCGGUUGUGCUUGAAGUUGGAG